AUGGCGGUGAUGGUGUGGAUUCACGGCGGUGGCUUCGCCAGCCGUUCCUCUGCUAAAUUCCGUGGCUUUUCCAUAUUGGUUCCUCUACUGAGUAUCCAGCUCACGUUUUAGCAGGCUAUAAUGACGUCAUUGUCGUGACAUUCAAAUACAGGCUAGGAAUUCUGGGAUUCUUAAACAUUCCUGAAAAGGACCAAAAGGGAAAUUAUGGGAUGUUGGAUCAGGUAAAAGAGAGAAAUGUUACAUAAAAUCGUCAGGCCUUAUAACCCCACAGAAAUAGAGGACGUUUAAGAAGGCAAGGGAGAGGUCUGGGAGAGAGGUGAAAAAUCAGCUCCCCUUUCUGAUCAAUGAAUUUUUUUUGCUCGAAAAUGACGCCCAAGAACGUCGAAACGUCGUAUAUUUUUUAAUUUUUUAAAAAUUUCUGAAAUAUUUUAAGAAAAGUUUUGCGCCAUUUUUUAUUUUUUAUUUUUUAUUUUUUUUUUUAUAGCUGUGUUUUAAAAAGUCGCUUCUUUUUAAUUUAUUUUACUUAAUGGCCACCUUAUUUACAAUGUACUUUACUCAGUUUUCCCCUCAACCUUGAAGACUGUGCCUACAAGCAAAAAUUAUUGAUUCCUCAUGCCAAAAAAUAUCCCAUCCCUGCAACACCACUGUGCUCCCCUCGGGCUUUCCCUAAUAAGGUUAACCUGGUGUAGAUCUAAAUCCAAUAACAAAUUUACGCAAUACGUCAUAUUUUUAAUUUUCUUUUUAUCCUUGGCUCUUGGUAAAAUUAAUAAUCGUAUAAUUCAUAAAUGCCCUCCUACUCCCAAGCAAUUUUUAUAAAAAACAAUCAAUUUCACUUCUUGUUAUUUGAUUUCUCUCUACAGAUUGAGGCAUUGAGGUGGGUUCAAGCCAAUAUUGCCCGUUUUGGAGCUGAUCCCAAACACGUGACUGUGUUUGGUGAAGGCACAGGAGCAACAAGUGUCGCCUUACAUUUAAUCUCGCCUAAAUCAAAAGAUCUGUUCCAAAGGGCCAUCAUGUAA